CAAACGAUUAGAUAAAAAUAAUAACUCGUUUGCGUUUUGAGAAACUAGCUGUUUGAAAUGCAACGGGCAUAAAAAUGGCAAAAAAAACAAUAAAAGUUGGGUAUUAUGCAAUUUAUUUAAUGGCUACCAUCGUAAAUACGCAAGAUUAUGAAGAUUUGAUGCCAACCGAUCAGCCUGAAGAAGAGUGGCAUAUGGACUUUAUGCCAACAGGCUACCUUCCUGAUAGCGUCUACCGAGAGCUAGCGUGGUACGGCAUACUUCAGAUUCAGCCUCUUCAUCACAGUACGAAACAUAAAGUUGCUGCUCAAUUGAUUUGGCAACAUACACUUGGCAGACCACACGUUAUUAUGGAAAAUCCACCUCAAUCAUUGCAAUCUGAGGGUAAAGUAAGUCGUCAAAUCCUUGCUGAAGAGGCAGCGAAGUGGUCUCGGGAGCAAAGAGCUGCACAAGAAGUGCUUAUGGAGAAUAUCAAGAGUGGCGGUAAUGGGCUCACAGUUCGUACUGUCAUUAGUGCUUCUAAAAAAACCACUUAUAUCAUACAGAAUGGUAAUUAUUACAAAUGCCCGGAUGGAUCUGAACCUGAUUUGGAUGCUUAUCGAGUCCAGGCCAAUAUGCAUGAAAGAAAAUGUACUUAUUCUAAACAAUCAAUUCCCAUAUCAGUCGAUCCAUGCAUAGAAGCAGAGGUAGCGCCUAUAGAGUAUUCCUUUCACGAAGGUUGGAUGUUUUGUCUUGGCAACGGGGAAAGAGAGAAUAAUUAUUUCCAAAAUGGCACAAUAGAUUGUGGAAAUAAAACAAAAGUGUCAGUCGACGAAUUUUUAAAUAUAUGUGCGAUUGACAAUAAUGUCGUUAUUACCUUCGAUUACUUUGGCGACGAGCCACGUAAAGAUAUGAUGCACAAUGCCACACUAUGUACAACUUGGGAUCCAUGCCGUUUAUCAUACUUAUAUAGGCUUGAGCCACCACCAGUAGAGCUGACGCCUGCUUUCCCAACGUCUACACCGAAUCCAUGCGACACAACCAUUUGUCCCGAGUGUGUUGAAGGAUUUACAGAGGACAAUGGAGUUCCGAUUGACAUUGCAUCCGGCGAAGUUUAAAGAAAACUAAACAUACUUUUGUUUAUAUACAAAUGUUCUUAUUACAAAUUGAGCCAUUUUAGUAAGAAACACGUUUUAAUGUUUUAAAACUUAGUAAGAAAUAAACCUGACUCGCAA